AAUAAAAAGAAAUAAACAGUAGUGUACAUUCACCUUGGUAUGCCAGGUUAAAAUUGCUAUCUUAACCAAACUUUUAAUGGCAGAUUUGUGACCUGCUGGGACUGCUAAUUUUUGAUUUUAUGAAAGAGUGAAUAUUUCUUCCUGUUUUAUGAUUGUAGGAUGAUUUGAUUGAUUUUAGGCUACAUGGGGGUCUAAUGAAUCUAUGUGAGCUGCUUUGUAGAGUUUAAAGAGGAAAAGCUGAACACAGAUACUUAUAAUAAAUGAGAAAAAUCACAUUCUUUCUGAAUACGGUGUUGUAUUUGAAGUUUGUAUAUAUAUUUGAAAAUCAAUUAAAAUAUAUUACAAAGAAAAAGAUAAACACAUUCAAAUCAAGAAUCCACAUCUAGAGAAUAGUAAAUCUGGUAAAUAAAAAAGACAAAUUUUCAGUUGAGCAGGACCCACAAAUGAACAAGGCAUGUUCUAGAAACUAGCAGCCAUCAAUAUUGUUUUAAAUAUUAGUGUUAUAAAAGGUUGUCAUAAUGAAUGAGGAGACAGCUUGCAGAGAGAAUUCUCCAAGUCAUAAGAAUCAUUUAUAAGCACCUAUUGGGGUGCUUUCACAGUUACUGUAUCCAGGCUGGAUAGUUGCAUUCUUUUUAAAAUUCAGCUUAUGGUAGCCGAAAGCAAACUUGAUAGUAGCACAGGCAUAUAUACCAGAGUUAGAUUAUAGCAAUGGAUGCUGCCGGACGUCCUUCGACGGGACAGGUGAUCCUCCUGGCGACCAGUUCAGCUGUCACCGCAAUUCUGUAUGCCAUUUACAGGCAAAAGUCAAAAAUAGUUUACAGCUUGAAGGGAGCGAAAAAAGUCACCCUAGACCAGGAUUUGAAGACUAUCCUUAUGGAAGCGCCUGGGAAAUGUGUUCCUUAUGCAGUAAUAGAAGGUGUAGUGCGGUCUAUUAAGGAAACCCUCAACAGUCAGUUUGUGGAAAACUGCAAGGGAGUGGUUCAGAGACUAACACUGCAGGAGCACAAGAUAGUGUGGAACCGAACCACGCACCUCUGGAGCGACUACGAGAAGAUCAUUCACCAGAGGACCAACACGACAGCCUUUGAUAUGGUGCCCCAGGAGGGAGGAGCUGAUGUCGCCGUGAGGGUGUUGAAACCCCUGGACGCUGCCGAGCUCAGCUUGGAGACAGUGUACGAGAAGUUCCACCCGUCCGUCCAGUCCUUCACGGACGUGAUUGGCCACUACAUCAGCGGGGAGCGCCCCAAAGGCAUCAAGGAGACCGAAGAGAUGCUGAAGGUUGGGGCGGCGCUUACCGGAGUGGGCGAGCUGGUCCUGGACAACAACACCAUCAGGCUGCAGCCCCCCAAGCAGGGGAUGCGCUAUUACCUAAGCAGCCUAGAUUUCGAGGCCUUGCUCCAGAAGGAAGAAUCGAGCGUCCGUCUCUGGAAGGUCCUGACUCUACUUUUUGGUUUUGCCACGUGCGCCGUGCUCUUCUUCGUCCUCCACAAGCAGUACCGCCAUCACCGGGAGAAGCAGCGCUUGCGUCAGGUGCAGGAGAUGAUCGCAGCGGGUGGGGACACGCUGAACGCAUGCGUCGUCUGCUUGAGCAAUGCCCGCUCGUGUGUGUUCCUCGAGUGUGGGCACGUCUGCUCGUGCGACAAGUGCUACCAGGCGCUGCCGCAGCCUCCCCGUUGCCCCAUUUGUAGGCAGGAGAUUGCAAGAGUCGUGCCUUUGUACAACAGCUGAAUUGGCGGCGGCGUUUUUUUGGCGAC